AUGGCCAACGUGCGUUUUAUACCAACGCGGGACUUGCCCAGCGUAUCGCAAGUGCACGUAGACGAUGUGCAGCGGGGAAUUGAAGAGAUAAAACGCGCCUACGAUAUUGGUUCAGGCAGGGAAACUUGGAUAUGGGAGCCGUUGCGAGGAGAGGAAUUUAGAUCAAAUGGGCAGCACGACAGCGCGCCAGAAGACGCGUUCGAGGAGCGCUAUGUCCAGACGUGGCUGAAUGCCGUGCUACGCAAGGCAUGCAAAGAGCAUGAAUUUGCACCAUUUACUGACGAAUGUGCCGCGUUGCUUGUUUUGAUGGCGGGUCAGUCUGCUGCUGGCGUACGAGAAACUGUAUACCGUUUUUUCUUGGGCGAUCGUAUGCCAACUGACAAGCACGAAGCGAGUGCUCAUGUGUAUAUUCGCGAUAUACCUCUUACAGACGACGCUUUGGGUGGUCGAACGUGGGGGGCCGCUCCGUACAUGGCGAGGCGCCUUAUGCUUCAGUACGCAAAAAAACAUCGACCGCGACGCAUUUUAGAGCUUGGUGCGGGCACUGGCCUUGUUGGGUUAGCGCUUGGCGUAUGGAUGCGCACACAAGGAUGCCCUGCAGAGAUCUUUCUCACGGACUAUCACGCGGUCGUUCUGGAAAAUUUACACUAUAAUGUUACUCGUAAUGGUUUGGACAGCGACGAUGUCGGUGCACAUGUCGCAACCUUGGACUGGCAGCAUGUAUACGAGGCGUACACGGGAGAGUUGGCAAGCAUGACUACGGCACAAACACUUCCUGCAGCCAACCAGGAACGGUCCGCUGCAUAUCCACCUUUGACAGAUGACCAUCCAUUCGAUGUCAUCCUCGCAGCAGACUGCAUUUACGAUCCAGCACACCCAGCGUGGAUUCAUGCAGUAGCAUGCAAGUACCUCGCACCCAAAAAGCCAGGGAAUGCGGAGCCGGAGCUGCAUAUUCUUGUUCCUGUACGAUCCACACACCUACAGGAAUUGGACGCUGUGUACAACGCGUUUACACACCCUUCCAGCCCCUUUCAUGUUGUGUGCGAAGAGCAGAUCCGGGGCACGGAUGAUUUUGGACCUAUCACGAUGCACCGCAGCGCAUUUCAUGAGCAGCAAGGGCACACAGUAGAGUAUAAGUACCUGGUCAUUCAACGAUCAUAG